CCAUUGAGAUACCAGAUUUAACCUCUGAUUAUGCAGUCUACCUCAAUUACUCCACUUCAUACUUGCUCCUUCUACCCAAUUCCUAGCCAUUUUCCUUCCCUUAAUCUCAACAAGAACAAGAAAACACUUCCCAAGUGUUGUUUCAGUAUCACUUCCACACAUAGUUGCAGCAAAGAACAAGAAAAACACAAAAAGCACAAAAACUACAACAAUAUUGACACAAACCCAGAUCGACAGAACAACAUAAAUUGGGAACAAUUUUACUCUUCAAUUCAAGAAGAGACAACCCAUUACAAAGAAGCAGACUCAUUUGAACUUACUACUCAUUUAGGCAUUAAAACAAACAUGUGGUGGACAGACUUGAAAGCUGCAUUAGGACAAAGGAUUAAUGUAGAGGGUAUUGUUUCUUCAUUAGGGGUUUUCUCUAAAGACAAACAUUUAGCGAUUCCUCAUGUUAGUGUGCAAGAUAUAAGGUAUAUUGAUUGGGUUGAGUUAAAAAAAAGAGGGUUUGAAGGUGUGGUAUUUGAUAAAGAUAAUACAAUUACUGUUCCUUAUUCUUUGAGCUUGUGGAAUCCUCUCGCUUCUUCUAUCGAUCAGUGCAAAUCUUUAUUUGGUAAUAAUAUUGCAGUAUAUAGCAACUCAGCAGGAUUAGAUGAAUAUGACCCUGAUGGUAGAAAAGCGAGAAUUCUUGAACGUGCAAUUGGAAUUAAAGUCAUUAAGCACAGGACAAAGAAGCCGGCUGGAACAGCUGAAGAAAUUGAGAAGCAAUUUGGUUGUGAAUCGUCAAGACUUAUUAUGGUGGGUGAUAGGCCGUUUACAGACAUUGUUUAUGGUAACAGAAAUGGUUUUCUUACUAUUUUGACACAACCAUUAAGUUGUGCAGAGGAGCCAUUAAUUGUACAGCAGGUCAGGGUACUCGAGGUGGCCCUUGUGAACCGAUGGUCUAGCCAGGGGAUGAAGCCAACCAGUCACACACUUCUUCCUGAUUGCCAGCAGUGUGUAAAAGACGAUCCACUUUAGGUUUUUUCUUUAGAUGAAGUGAGAAAAAUUCAUCUCCUUCCCACCCCAAGGAAAAAGAAAACAACCCGACCAUGAACAACAAUUUUUGUUACGGCCACAAAUAAUUAUACAGGAUUAUUUCCAUGGGUUUGCUUCUUGUGUCUGAAAUCUGAUAAGAAUGCUAUAUCAAUCAUUUUGAUGUUUGUUUGACUGAAUCAGAGAAGAACUUUCCCUCUUGAAUUGAGUAUGUUUGCGCUUGAAUCUGAAAAGCUAAUCGGAGAUGAUUACACAAACAUUGUAUGUCAA